AUGGCUAGGCGCCACAUGGCAGCCGCCGUCGGCGCCGACCGCAGGCCCGCGAGGCCCACGGCCGGCCCUCGCGCGGCCCGGUCGCCCGCCGCCCGCGCCCUCCCGCGGCCGCCCGCCGCUCCGUCCUCCUCCCGGUGGCCGCCCCCGCCGUCCGCCGCGCCCGAGCCGGCGAGCUCCGGCGCCUCGCCGCCCGUCCGCCGACCGCGCCUCCCCGAGCUCCAGCCAGCCAUCUCCCUCCUCCCCAACUCCGGCGAGGUCCGGCCCCAAGCUCCGGCCGCCCCGCGCCUCCCCCUAGCUCUCUCCGGCCGCCGCCGUCUCCCUCCGUCUCCGGCAGCCGCGCCAGCCCCGGCGAUCCUCGGCGACCGCGCGCCCGAGCCGCGCCAGAUCCAGAUCGGGGCUAGCUGA